GGGAAAUGCAAUUGACAUUAGAAUUUCUGGGUUUUAAUCAACAAAGCACCCCCUACAAUCAAACUCCAACGGCUUAAUGUCCCAAUUCACUCUCUAACCCCUCCCAUCAAACCCCUAACAUUGACUCCUCCUGCCGAGACAAUCCCCUCAGCCAUCAUCAUGUCCACUACCGACACCACCACUACCACCAAACCAGCCUGGUACCAAACCAGCGUCACGGCCAUCGACCCCGCCGCGCAAUCCAUGCUGGAGAGUUACAGCGGGCUCGCACCCGAAGAGGUCAUUUCCCAUGUCUUAGCCCUGCGAGAUGAAGCCUUCCAAAUCUUCCCUUACCCCUGCAUCGGCCAAAUGCGCUUCCUAAGCUGCCACCUCUCCCGCCUUCCCUUUUACGACCACGUGCUCGCCCGCCUGCGCGCCUCCCCGGCCAAUGGCUUCCUCGAUGCAGGCUGCUGCGUCGGUCAAGAGCUCCGACAUCUAGUCUACGCCGCCUCAAUCCCGCCAUCCCAGUUAUACGGCUUUGAUCUAGAAGCUGGGUUCUUCGAGCUCGGGUACAAGCUGUUCCGUGAUAAUGCGGAGACGUUCCCUGCUACGUUCGUGGGCGCGGAUCUAGGUGUGUCGGACGAGGAAUGGGAGAAGACCGAGAUUGUGGCGAAGAUGAGGGGGAAGAUUGAUAUUAUUUGGGCAGGCUCGUUGCUGCAUUUCUGGGAUUAUGAGGGGCAGCUCCGUGGUGUGGAGCGGUUGAUUGGGUUGACCAGGGGGGAGGUUGGGAUGAUGGUUUGUGGGAGACAGAUGGGGAGUACGGUGGCGGGCGUGUAUGAUUUGACUGGGUUGACGGAGAAGACGAUGCUGCAUUAUCGGCAUGAUGUGGCGAGUUUUGAGCGUAUGUGGAGGGAUAUUGGGGAGAAGACGGGGAGUAGGUGGGAUGUGCAGGCGGAGUUGGAGGUUGGGGAGACGACGACUAAUAUGAGGAAUAAGGCAAGGUUUAUGGAUGAUGAUGCCAGAAUUAUUUGGUGGUGUGCAACGAGGGUGGAGUAGGAACUUUUCCUUGAGUGUGGGAAUGGAGAUGAUGACUACUAUAACUACUAUAUGACAUGGCAAUCUUGUACUGUUUUAAACUAGAUCAAUAAUUAUACUUACUUAUUAAUUCUGA